AUCAAAUUUCCAUGCAAGUUCUUUUAUCUUUACCAUUGUGAAUCCAAUAAUUUGUAGGAAUAUCUCUGUUUAGCUGUCUGGUGGGGGUGGGUAUUGUCUUGCUGACCUGGGUUUCUCUUAAAAAAUUCACUGGAAUACACAUAUAUGCCGUGAUUGACUCUCCAGAAUGUCUGUUUAUUUUGAUUGAAGUUUGGGUUUUGAUGAUUAGAUAUUACAGUUCAUACCUAGUCAUCAAUCCGCGUUUUGGUUUCCGUGUUGAUUUCUUAUACUUGUUUCUUCUGGUCGCAAUUAAAUCUGGAUUUGAGUUUGCGUGAGACGUACGAGGUUGAAACGUUGUCUUCAAAGAAAUAUUCGAGGUAAUUCGUGUUUGUGGCAGAAUCUUAGCUUUCAUAGCUGUCAAAUGAUGAAUGCAUUGUUAAAAAUUCUUUUGACUUUUGAUUCUGUCUUUAGAUAAUUGGUCCUACGAAAUGUUUGGCUUUGUGGGUUUGUCAGAUCUUAACUUGAACACAGAUCAACUUCCAAACUUAAAGAGUUAUUUAAAUAUAUCUAGAGUUUUCAUCUGCGAGGGACUUCGGGGUUUCAGUUAGCUUCCAUUGUUAGGGAUUUAUGGAAUGUGAAUCUGGCUUUUGUUCAUUGUGGUGGAAUGGUUGAGAUGUUGAAAUUCUUGAAAUUAGUGUGAGUUUAGGGUAAAGGGUUUGAGAUUUUGGGGGAAUCGAGGGGACUGAGGGAAAGGUGUUUGCGGCUUGGAAAUGGGGUCUAGGGAAGAAAGUUAUCAGUAUCGUCAUGAUCUUGUGCCGUUAGCUGCACUGAUCAGCAGGGAGAUGAGGAGUGAGAAGAUGGAGAAGCCAACAGUGAGUUAUGGGUCUGCCGCUCAGUCUAGGAAAGGGGAGGAUUAUUUUCUGAUGAAGACGGAUUGCCAGAGAGUGCCAAGGAAUCCUUCAACAACGUUCUCUGUCUUUGCGGUUUUUGAUGGGCACAAUGGGAAUGCAGCAGCAAUUUUUUCGAAGGAUCAUUUGUUGAAUCAUGUGUUAAGUGCUAUUCCUCGUGGUCUUGAGCGGGAUGAAUGGCUUCAGGCUUUACCUCGGGCAUUAGUUGCUGGAUUUGUGAAGACUGACAAGGAGUUUCAGAGAAAAGGACUGACUUCUGGGACCACAGCUACCCUUGUAAUAGUCGAUGGAUGGACUGUGACAGUUGCAUCUGUUGGAGACUCCCGUUGCAUUUUAGAUACUCAGGGUGGUGUGGUAUCCGAAUUGACAGUGGAUCAUAGACUUGAAGAAAACAUGGAGGAAAGAGAACGUGUAACUGCUAGUGGAGGAGAAGUUGGAAGGCUUAGCCUUGGUGGUGGUGCUCAGCUUGGUCCGCUCCGUUGUUGGCCAGGAGGUUUAUGCCUUUCGAGGUCAAUUGGAGACAUGGAUAUUGGAGAAUAUAUUGUUCCAAUACCCCAUGUUAAACAAGUCAAGCUAUCAAAUGCAGGUGGAAGGCUUAUAAUUGCUUCUGACGGCAUCUGGGAUGCAUUAUCGUCAGAGAUGGCUGCCAAAUCAUGCCGCGGGUUGCCUGCUGAACUUGCUGCUAGGCAAGUAGUGAAGGAAGCAUUGAGGACACGAGGGCUCAAGGAUGACACCACUUGUAUAGUUGUUGACAAUAUACCUCCUAAUAAUUCAGUACAGCCUUCAUCUCCUCCAAAAAAGAAAAACAAGCUCAGAGCUCUAUUUUCUGGAAAACGAUCCCGUGAUUCUGCUAGUAAACUUUCAAAGAAGCUAUCUGCGGUAGGUAUGGUGGAAGAACUAUUCGAAGAAGGCUCAGCAAUGCUUGCUGAAAGAUUAGGAAACGAUGAUUGCAACAGUCAAUCAACAUCAGGCCUUUUUGUGUGCGCCAUUUGCCAAGUUGACCUUGCUAUGAGCGAGGGCAUAUCGGUUCAUGCUGGCUCCAUCUUCUCCACAAGCUCAAAGCCCUGGCAAGGUCCUUUCCUUUGUUCCGAUUGUCGUAAUAAAAAGGAUGCCAUGGAAGGAAAAAGGCCUAGUGGAGUUAAAGUGGGAUAAGUUCAGUUUCAGCAUUUUUCCUCAUUCUUUUCCCCAUGAUUCUUUCUCAUUAUUCCACAAUUUUUCUAGGAUAGGCUAUUGUUUGAAUCUCAAUAGUGUUGCAACAGAUGUUUAUUGUGAUAUAUACCAACAAUAAUGUAAAAUGAGUUCUAACUUCUAGCGUAAGCGACAAAUAGGAUUAAGGGUGGUUUUUAUCUAGACUGCUAGUGGUGUCGAUUUUAUCGUUGAAUCGACAUGUGAACUGAAAAAUGUGUGUUUGAUGCGAGCAAUCUGUUUAAAUGCUAUUGAGAAAA